AUGCCGGUAAACUCAAGAUCUAGGUCGACAGUCAUUGCCAGCAGAAGCUCAAAGCGGACGAAGGUCCCUAUCAACCAAGAGGCACGACCUCAUUCAGCCAAGAAGUCGCCUGAAAUGCGUCUAUCGCCUGCCAAACCCCGCUCCUUCUACCUCAUUUCCGCCUCCCGUGACCACGUCAACUCGGGCCGCUCCCAGUCUAUUGUCCAGGCCAACCAUGGCAUCAAAGCGCCCCUGCAACGGAUGCGCCCACGGGACGGAGUCGUGUUCUACUCCGCACGUCAUCAGAUAAAGGGAAAGGAUCUCUGCCAGCGCUUCACCGCCAUCGCGACGGUAGAUUACGGAGAGCCAUAUCAGGAACAGGUAUCGGAAACGUGGAAGCCCUGGCGGCGGGAGGCGACGUAUGAGGAGGAUAGUCACGAGGUCGAUGUCAAGGAUGUGCUGGGGAAGUUGGGGUGUCUGGGCAGGGGCAAGGAAGGGUGGGGCGUGUAUCUGCGGAGAGGCUUUAUGCAAAUUGGACCAGAAGACUGGGAGGUAUUGCGGGACUCGAUGAUGGGUGAGGUCGGCAGGAACAAGCGAGUAAGGUGUAGUGAGGAACGGUCAGUGUAG